AACAACCCGACUUUGUUGCAGCGUACAUGUUAUUGCCCGCUGCAACAAGUCCGCGUUUCAAAAAAAUUUACUUUCCUAUGCAACAAACCGCGCUCAAACGAGCGGGCUCAAACGUACGUUGUUCUUUCUCUGCUCCAAGAUUUUUCCCUUAAACAAAUAUCCAAACAAACCGUCGAACUCAGCCGUCGAACUCAGCCCUGCGUCGCCGUCGAACUCAGCCCUACGUCGCCGUCGAACCCAAGCGUUGCUCAGCCCUGCGUCGCUGUCUUCGCCGGUGUGUGGUGUUCUAGCCUCAUCUCCCCCAUCCCGUUCAAUUCUCGCGCGGCCUGUCACUGAAAGGUUAUAUUCUUGGUCGGCCGGGGGUUCAGCAUUUCCCCGUCGCGUCGUGGUUCCGGUGGUUGCUCGGCGUCGUGGUUCCGGUGGUUUUGCUAUGGUCCAAGACGAGCUUGUUUCUUCCAUUAAAGAUGCAGCGGAAGGACUUUUUCACCUAAAACGUGCCCGGCUGUUACGUGAAGUUGAUUCAGCUGUGCAGGACUCUAUAUAUUCCCAUAAAGACGCUGCGGUCGAGCUUAUAAAUCCAGCAAAGUUGGGUGGUUCCCAACUUCCGUGCGAAGACUUAGAGGUAGAACCAUUAGAUUCUACUAAUGUUGAGGCAGAAAUAUUGGGAGACCCAAGUUAUUUUAUUGGAUCAAAAUGUAGAUUCCGCCACACCGAUGGGCGUUGGUAUAAUGGUCAAAUUGUUCAGUUGGAUGGUUCUUCUUCCGCCAGAGUUUCUUUCCUCAAUCCAACGUCAGAGAAGAUGAUGGAGGUGCUGUCAUUCUUUGGCAAGAUGGUUUUUAUCUGUUUGUUCUUCCUCGAAGUGGAAGGAAACCCUAUCUGUGGUUUGAAACUUAAAGUAGUAUUAUUGUUCUGCUUUAGCAAAAUGUAGACCCCUGAGUUCAAGCUAGUGGG